AUGUCAACUACUCAACUUCCACGAAAACGAUCGAUAGGGUCAUGGAUGCGACGACUGACUGGCUCAGGAUUACGUCGCGUAGGACCGACUUCUGGGAAGAAAUCAGGCGUCUUUGGUGUGUCUCUUUGUGAGUCAAUUUGCUAUGCACGAUCCACAGUGGGCUAUGUGGAUGAAGAAGCGGUCAAACAUCGGCGAGCAGGCAUUAUCCCACUUGUAGUAGCCAAGUGUGGCUCAUUUCUCAAGGCAAAUGCACUUCACACACAAGGUAUCUUUCGUAUACCUGGUAGUGUCAAACGAAUACAGCAUUUGCAAACCAUCUUUGAUGAUCCACGCGAAUCGUAUGGUUUGAAUAUCCAUUGGCUAGGAUACAGCGUGCAUGAUGCUUCCAGUAUUCUACGUCGAUAUCUACAAAGUUUACCAGAGCCUGUAAUUCCACAUGAGUUUUAUGAGCCAUUCCGUGAUGUCAUGAGUGACAAGUAUUACAAGUCGACCGAGGCCCGCAUCCAAGCAUUUCAGCACCUGAUCCAACAACUACCCAUCCCACAUCAACAUUUAUUGUUGUAUCUACUUGACAUGCUUAGCCUAUUUGCAUCGAAUGAGAUGGAGAACCGCAUGGAUGCUGCCAACCUUGCCAUUGUAUUUGCCCCAUCUAUCUUUAGUCAUCCAAGCCAUAACAGCCCUGUACAGAUGGCCAUUAUGAAGCGUGUGUUGGAGUUUUUGAUCGAGUUUCAAGCUCUAUUUACGAUGCAACUCUUAUCAAGAUCAUCAGGACUAUUCAAAUCAUUCUCUGUACCUGAUAUGGCAGCAGCAGCAGCAACCCAAAAAGGUGGAGAAAAUACCCAACAACCUCCGCCUGUACCGCCGUUACCACAGCAAUUUGCAACUCUUCCUCGUUCAAACAACCAACAACAACAAGACCCAGGUCUCAUAUCGCCACAACCCAAACGCUUCAUUCCACCAUUCCCUGAUCAAUCGCACUCUUCCGCAACCUCAUUACCAACACCCACUUCCCCCAAUGACAAAUCUCGAGUUGACUCGCUCACAUCGCCCGUACCUGAUCCUAUAACGCCUGCUGACGAUGCACACACCACACCAUUAACAGUGACGACAAGUAUGGAUCAUGAUGCUGCUGCUGAAGAGGAUAUAACACCCACUCCCACAAGAACACAUUCACCCGUGGUGGUGAUGGAACAAGUGGAUCCAGCCAAACCAUUCCAUAUACGACUAUUGCAUGACACAAUCAUGCCGCUACUGCAACGACGACGGUCUUGGCUGGGUAAGCCUAUUGGAUACUAUGCAUGGAUUGCAAUGUUGAGCACUAUUGUCGGCGUGGUGGCAUACGAGGGAUACCAAGCAUUGUGGGGCAUGUGCUGUCUUGAGCCAUACGUAUUCUUUGUCACGUUCGCCAUUUACUGGAAUCUACUUUUGCGAGGAUUUUCAUGGACGGAUCAAGACCCCAAGAAGGCAUUGCCGUAUGAUUCAUAUCGAGGGCCAUGGAUGGGCUUAUUUGGCAAACAUUAUAUCGACGAAGGCGUGGAUGUGGAUAGUGAUGAUGAUCAUCAUCAUCAAGAAGAUGAUGCAGAAGGCUUAUCGUUGUUUGAUGAUAUUUCGGAACAAGGCAAGGAUGAAGAAGAGGCCAUGUUACGGGAUGUGGCGUGUGAAUGGCACAGUCUUUUUAGUCGGUCGUGGCGCAUGGAUGAUCAAGGUCACCCUAUCAACAAAGAUGCAGACCUUUUAUCAGUGGCAAGCACGUCAAGUCGGUUCAAUGAAGAGAUACGAGGAGACAAUAGUGAUGAUGAUGGACAAGCAUUGGACGAUGAUUACGAUGAUGAUUAUGAUAUGGUGGAUAUUGACUCGGCAGAUUUACAAGCACUUUGGCAACGACAAGAUCAAAUCAGGCAAGAUGCUGAAUUGGCUGCACGCUUGCAACAAGAGGAACAAGAUAAGGCUAGUCAUACCAACCCAUUUGUGGAGAAGAAACCACCUGUUACUGAAGGAGGGCCACCACCACCACCACCCCCUGCCAUCUCUACGAGUGAAGAAUGGAAGAUUGGACAAAGUCGUCAGCAACAACCCACAAAAGAAGGAUAA